UGCUGCUGCUUCUGCUUCUGAUCGUCAGCUUGCUCCACCAAGUAAUCUUCGAACUUCAUUUUCUAAAUGGGAUUGAACGAAUAGAGAAGACAAGUGGGGUUAGGCUUUGUAAUGAUAUAGUAGUAGUAGAGAGGGGAAGGUUUGGUUUGGAGGAUGAUCGUGGAUGCCAUUAAAGGUAGGUGAUGGUGGAACAGAAGAGUUGACAAAUGAAGAAGAAAGAAACAGAAUGGAUGAAAGAGCGCGGGGGGAGAAAGUGAAGGGGAAGGAAAGGGCAGUUUCCGUGGCGUGGCGGUGGAUGGCCGGUUGGUGGCGGAUUGGUGAGAGAAGGUGACACGACGUGAAGCCCAUGAACUGUACCAAAUGUGCAGAACUUUCUCUGAAACGAAAUAAAUAAAUUUGGGGUUGCCAGCA